AUGAAGGACGCAGAAGUGGCUGCUAUCACGAGGGCUGCCGAGGAGGCCAGAAAGGUUGCGGCCACGAAAGCUGACGAGAAGGCCAGAAAGGCUGAGGCCCAGAAGGCUGACGAGGCCAGAAAGGCUGACGAGGAGGCCAGAAAGGCUGAGGCCCAGAUGGCUGACGAGGAAGCAAGAAAGGCUAAGGCCAAGAAGGUUGACGAGGAGGGCAAGGAGAGGGCAGCCGCUAAGGCCAAGAAGGCGGCCAAGAAGAGGGCCACGAAGGAAGCCGCGGAGGAGUUGCUCGUUCUAAGCAAGAGAGCGAUAAUGGCGGCCAAGUGGGCAGGAAAGGGUUUGAUGGAUUUGACGGCAAUUGCUGAUGACGAGGAGGCCAGAAAGGCUGAAGCCCAGAAAGCUGACGAGGAGGCCAGACAGGUGAAGGCCCAGAAGGCUGACAAGAAGGCCAAAAGGGCAGCUCUGGCCCAGAAGGCUGACGAGGAGGCCAGAAAGGCUGAAUCCCAAAAGGCUGCCGAGAAGGCAAGAAAGGCUGAGGCCCGGAAGGCUGACGAGAAGGCAAGACAGGCCAAGGCUGACAAGAAGGCCAGAAAGGCUGAAGCCCAGAAGGCUGACGAGAAGGCAAGACAGGCUGAGGCCAAGAAGGCUGACAAGAAGGCCAGAAGGGCUGCUAAGGCCAAGAAGGCUGACGAGGAGGCCAGAAAGGCUGAAGCCCAGACAGCUGACGAGAAGGCAAGACAGGCCGAGGCCCAGACGGCUGACGAGGAGGCCGAGGACUGUCACCCUUUGGAGACUGAGGAAGAAGAUGAAACGAUCAAGAUAUACGUCGCCACCCCGCUUUACCGGGACAAUACGGAGUCGCAAGAGAAGUGCACAGUGCCCAAGGACUCAAUCGUGCAAGAAGUGGAUUUGAACGCGGAGGCAGACGAGCAGAGUCUACGCAUCGAUGAAGAGUCGGCUGUAUUUUCCCUCGGAACUCCCCUUCACAUGAAUUUUGGAGUGGGAGCGGUACCUCUGGGCUUGUCCUUAAAUGCCACACGACAAGUAGCAAGCGAUCCUUUACCUACAGCGGUUGCCGUGCCAAUUGCUUCGGCGCCUGUCGUCGACCACGAAGAAGUUGACCAGGCACUGGAGAGCCAAUCUGACUCUGAAGAUAAUAGGGUUGAUAGAUAA